UUUUUGGGUUUUUACUCUUACACAGAAUAGUUGAAUCAAGAACACAAUUUUUUCUAAUAACACAAAAGGGUGAUGCCCUUUUUCUUAUGUAUGCUGUAAAUAUGCAAACUUUGUUCUUUUUUUUUUUGGGUGUCAUCAUUACCCAGAACUGUUGAAUCAAGAACAGAAAUUUCUCUUAUUAUAUGCUGAUUAAAGGUGGUGCCCACUUUUUCUUGUUUGUGUAUGUGCAUGCAGUUUGAAAACUUAAUAUAUUCUUUUUGUCUUAUGUAAUGAUGUUAUUUGUUGGAUGUAAAAAAAGAGAGGAAGUAUCUAGAUUACCAACUUUUUCCAUAAUUGUGCACCUGUAAUGAAGGCAAUUAAACAAAAGUUCCCUUUGAUUGUGGUGUUAAUCUCUAAUUUGUUUGUAAUUAUCCCACAUUUCUCUUCUUCUUUUUUUUCCCCUUUUUGGAGUUAAAUUAUUUUGGUGAUUGAAGUAAAGAGUGAGGAUUGGAAUGAUGAUAGUUUGAAAUUGUAAGAAGGAAGCAUGGGCUGAUGAAGAUGAAAGUAAUUGGCACCGAAAGAAGCUAGAUGAGGAGCCAGCAUGGUCACAUAAUCCUCCACACGUAAUUUCACAGUUUGCUCAGUGCUUUACUAAUGCUAUGGUUGGACCACGAGCAUGGAUAGGAGGAAUCUUCAACCGCUCGAGCAAUAAACGACUGGGAAGCGAUAAAUAUCUUAACUACCCUUUAACUCCUCAUCAGGAACAAAGCUUACACGGGCUUCAAGAACGGCUAGGAGUACCUUUUGAUGAAGCACGCCUAGAUCAUCAAGAAGCUCUUCGAGAUUUAUGGAAUGCAGCAUUUCCAAAUGUUAAGCUUAAAAGUUUGAUCUCCGAGCAAUGGAAGGAUAUGGGUUGGCAAGGAGCAAAUCCAUCAACUGACUUCAGGGGUUGUGGAUUCAUUUCUCUCGAGAAUUUGCUGUAUUUUGCAACAAGAUAUCCGGCAUGUUUUCAUAGGUUGCUUUUCAAGCAAAGUGGAUUGAGAGCAACAUGGGAGUAUCCAUUUGCAGUUGCUGGAAUUAAUGUUACAUUCAUGUUGAUUCAGAUGCUCGACUUAUUCUCAGAAAAACCAAAGUGUCUUCCAGGAUUAAAUUUUGUCAAGUUGAUAGGAGAAGAUGACGAGGCGUUUGAUGUUCUAUACUGUAUAGCAUUUGCGAUGAUGGAUGCGCAGUGGCUGGCUAUGCGUGCUUCAUACAUGGAGUUUAAUAACGUUUUGCAAGCGACGAGGAUGCAGUUAGAGAGGGAACUAUCAUUAGAUGAUAUACAAAGAAUAGAAGAUCUGCCAGCAUUCAACCUGAUAUAGUAAACACACUUCUUCUUCCCCUCUAUGUUUUUGCUCGGAUUCUUCAAUAAUGUUGACCGGUGGUGUGUGUCGGAGAGGAUCUGACACUGGUACAACAACAUUUUUGUAGUAUCCGAGCAACAUAAGUUUUAAAGAAUAGUCAGUGUGUUAUAAAAUGAUUUUAGAUACAUCCAAUAGCCAAAACCUGAAGAGUUUUGUACAAAAGUUGAUGGUUUUGGCAACUCAAUAUGAAUUUAUAUAGAAAAAUUGAAGUGCUUUUUAACUUUUUUUCUUAAUUUCGUUUUGUAUAAUAUUGGAUUGAGAUUAGUUUAAAUACAACGAUAUAGACAUUGAAGAUA